GAAUUGUAAACCUAAACCUAACCCCUAAACCUAAAAUAGCCUUUUUCCUUGUGGGUACUGGGAAAAUAUUCCCACACAACAGAAUUGUCCUUGUUUGACUAAUUUCUGGUUCCCACAAGGAUAGUAAAACCACACACACAGACACACACGCACGCACACACACAAGCACACACAGACACACAGACACACAGGCACACAGACACAUAGACAGACUUACCCACACAGAUGGAAACACACACUACUGCGCAGGUGGACACAAACAGAGAUCGACAGAGGUGGACAGACAGAGAUGGACAUAGAGUCAUACAGGCUAUUACACAGGGUUAGAGUGGCAUUCUCAGGUGCAGAUAUGACCACAGAUAAGGAUCAGUCCAUGGAUGACCAGUCUCCUGCUGUGGUUUUUGCGGUUAAGGGCAUUGACGUCACUCCUAACAAAGACGAGGGAGUUCGCAAGGUGGUGAAAAAACAGGGAGAGGAUGGGGACAGACCCAUGAUCGGGGACAAGGUAGCAGUGCACUACACUGGCAAACUUCUCAAUGGGAAGAAGUUUGACUCCAGUAUGGACCGCAAGAAACCCUUCAUCUUCAAUCUGGGAAAAGGUCAGGUGAUUAAGGGCUUGGAUAUUGGUGUGUCCUCUAUGCAGAGAGGAGAGGUGUGCAUGCUCCUCUGCAAACCAGAAUAUGCUUAUGGUUCAGCUGGAUGCCUCCCCAAAAUACCUCCCAAUGCCAUGCUACAGUUUGAGGUGGAGCUGCUGAGCUUCAAAGGGGAGGUGCUGACGGACGAUGGCGGCAUCACGAGGAGGAUAAAGGUCAAAGGGGAAGGUUAUAAUAGUCCCAAUGAUGGAUCAACUGUCCACGUCCUGUAUUCCACAGUGCACCUGGAGGGUCGCUGUGGAGAGCGUCUGUUUGACUCCAGGAACGUGCACUUCAUUGUGGGCGAGUCAGAGGACAUGGGUGUUCCUCUGGGUGUAGACAGAGCCAUGGAGAAGAUGCAGAAAGGAGAAUGCUGCAUGCUCUACUUAAAACCCAAGUAUGGCUUUGGGAAAGAUGGUAGAGCACAGCAUAAGAUUGGACCAAACUCAGACCUGAUGUAUGAAGUGACUCUAAAUGACUUUGAGAAGGCCAAAGAAUCCUGGGAAUUGGAUCUAAAGGAGAAACUGGAUUUGUCUGCUAGAGCCAAACAGAAAGGGACCCAAUAUUUCAAGGCAGGGUGUUUCCUGCAGGCGGUGGUCCAAUACCAGCGUAUUGUGUCGUGGCUCGAGAUGGAGUUUGGUGUAGGGAAGGAACAGCAGCAGACGAUCCAGAACUUCCUACUGGUCGCCCAGCUCAACCUGGCAAUGUGCUACCUGAGGCUGAGAGAGUAUGCACUGGUUGUGGAGAACUGCAACAAGGUGAUCGAAUUGGAUGGGAAGAAUGAGAAGGCUCUGUACCGGCGUGGGGAGGCUCGUCUCUUCCGUAAUGAGUUCAGCCUGGCCAUGUCUGACUUUAAACUGGUGCUGCAGGUCAACCCCUCCAACCGGGCGGCACACGGUCAAGUCUCUAUCUGUCAAUGCAAAAUCCGGGAACACCAUGAAAGGGACAAGAAGAUCUAUGCCAACAUGUUCCAGAAGUUUGCUGAACAUGACGUCAAGGCAGGGAAGGGGAAGAGGAGGAGGGGGGAGGACAGUGGAGUGAUGAACGAGAACCAUCAAGUGGCAAUUAAGAGACGCCGCAGGAGUCAGGACCACGGCCAGGACUGUCCUUGAUGCUCCAGAGGAGGCCAGGGGGGCAGGUCUCCCCUCGCUACGCACACAGAGGCAGGGACCAGACGGGGCCAGACCACACCCCUCCACCCUGACCUCAUCAUCCCCUACCUAACCCCCCACCAUAUGUGCUGUCCCCUGCACGACAGACAGGGGGCGCGAGUGAGUGGGGAAGGCUGCAGGCCAAACCGCAUUCCUUCUUUCAGUCCUUAACAUGGAAUCCAGUCCAGGUCUAGUCCUGAACCUCUUGCGUUGCACAAUGCCUCCAAAUGCACACCUCAACUUAACUCAAACCCACAGUCUGCAUUCUGAUGUUGAUAAUCAAAUAUAAUUUUGCCAUUGCAUUUUCUCAUUUGGCACAAUACAGAUGAGCAACAGGUAUCAUUCUAUUUUGGUAGCUUCAAUCUAUUGGUUGAGUUGGCUGUGGUUGCCUUACCCCUUGUGCUUAGUCACAAUUGUAAUCCUCAAUAUACAUAAUUUGGCAAUGUGGAAGUGGUGACACUGCAACUAUAACAGACAAAACAGCUGGCGUCAUCGUCACUUAAUUGUCAUAACACCCACAGUCCCAGAAGACUACUUAUGUUAAGACAAUGAGUCAUACAGUAUAUUUGCAGUGGCUGAAGAACCCCCCACUCUUUACUCUUGAACAUGGAGAAUUAACAAGUACAGGCUCAUCCCAGAUAGACCCUUGCAUGGUACAGAUGCUACAUACUGUUCUGUGUGUGCUACUCUCGUUGACUGCCCAAAUCAAUGCAAGUCCAAUAAUGAAGCUUUAAGUCUCAGCUUUCCAAGCUGCUGUCCAGUCCUCUCUGACUUCAACCUUGCGUUCUCUCCUGGACAAAUGCUUUUUUCACAGUACACUGUUUGAAUUUAAAUUAUGUGACUGAUAAUAUCUAGGGCAGGUUUUUAUUUAACCUUUAUUUUGACAGGGAGCCAUGCUGGGACCAAGGUCUCCCGUAAUUACAAAAAAGGUUCUAGUCUCGUAGUUCUCUUCCUCCUCAGUCCUGGAAUGGGUGGCUGUACUGUCUGACUUGUCUUAUUUCCUUUUAAUAAAAGAGUGUUAAAUUAUGGACAAGGAUGCACCUCGAUCUUCAGCUAAGAUUGUAAAAUCACCGAUGUUGUCUUUUAAUGAACAAUAACACUCAAUGACGCCUUGGAUAAAAUCUGGGCUUUCGUUUUUUUGCAUUCAUUGGACAUCUGCCCUUGGUUGUCUUAAUGAUUUUAUAAUUGUUAAACAAAAUAAGGGAGGCUUAUGCUCUCAAUAUAAAAAGAAGCCAUUGA